AUGGCCAUAUCAGUGGUGUUGCUGGCUCGUUCUGAUCCAGAUACACCCAAAGGGCCUGCCCCAGCUGCUUCUACCACCAAUAUCUCAGUGCCUGUUCCAACCACCAAGGCUCCCUCUGUCCCUUCCGCUGCCCCUGAUGUAGCUCCAGGAUGGGUAUAUGGGUCUGUCACCCUCUUGGCAGACUCUGAUGAUGAGAAAGACUCUACCGAUGACGAGGAUGCGUCCAAUGCAGCCAGUUCUCUUGUGGAUGCCUCCCACAUCCAUCGUUACCGUGGCAAGUAUUUCAAUGUGCCCAUUAACGAUAAGGUGCCCUUGUACUAUAUUACGAGGGGUCGGUACAUUGGUGUUUUCUCAGGCUGGGAUGCCACUGGCCCCAAGGUUCUCGGUGUUUCUCAUGCUAUAUUUCACAAAUUAAACACUGUUGAGCAAGGUAUUAUGAUUGUGAAGCAUGCAAUAGAACGUGGCAAGGCAGUGCAGAUAGUCUAG